UUAAGUUGCGACUGCUAUAAAAGAGUGUUUUAGGUGGGUUUGUAUUCGAUUAAACGUGUUUUUCGAUUCGUGAUUGUAAAAGCGCAUCAAAAAAUAUGGCUACAACAUACAUUUGGAUUACCGGAAUGGCUGCAGCCGUUCUCAUACCUGCCGUGUGCGUCCACACAGACGAAGAAGAAAACAGCGACCUCGACAACCUAAUUGCACACCUAGAGAAUGUCUUGCAAGAACGUACGUAUGAAGCGGCGGAGACAAUGAAGGAUGAAGCAGGACCAGUGGAACUAAACGAUCUUAAACCGGGCUCAAAACGAGGUCGUUCUUGGCGUCGACAAGUAGGGAGACGUACAUGUGGGUGUGGGGGUAGUUGCGGCCCAAAAGUAAACUCGGAAUUAUCAACAAGCUAA